AAGAGUCUUCCAGAAGGGCGCAGCCUGCACGCUCUAUAAAUACUUCGAUCUGGCUUUCAGGAGUUCAGUCUACCGGUGCUAUCGGAAGAGAGAUCACCACUCCACAGCACAACACCACACAACUAAACAAACAUGUCUCUGGAACGCCAAGUCCGCGCUAAGCUCGCUUCCAAGCGUAACCCUGAGCAAGAGAAGGAGGCUCAGACCUGGAUCGAGACCAUCCUUGGAGCCAAGUUCCCCCCAGGUGAACUUUUUGAGGAUGUGCUGAAGGACGGCACCGUCCUCUGCCAGGUCAUCAACAAGCUGAAGCCUGGAUCUGUCCCCAAGAUCAACACAUCUGGCGGACAGUUCAAGAUGAUGGAAAACAUCACCAACUUCCAAGCUGCCAUCAAAGCCUACGGUGUCGUAGACAUCGACGUGUUCCAGACCGUUGACCUUUGGGAGAAGAAGGACAUCGCGCAAGUUGUCAGCACACUGUAUGCCCUUGGUCGCGAGACUUACAGGCAUCCCGAAUGGAACGGCCCAUACCUCGGACCCAAGCCCUCUGAGGAGUGCAAGCGUGACUUCUCCGAGGAAGUCUUGAAGGCUGGUCAAACGAUCGUCGGUCUCCAGGCUGGCUCCAACAAGGGCGCCUCACAGUCAGGACAGAACAUCGGCGCUGGCCGCAAAAUCCUCCUCGGCAAGUGAACACCCAGCCCAUCCCAACAAGUGAUAUUAAUAUUAAGUUAAUUUUGUAUAAAAACUGUGCACGGACGCUGUAGUAAGACUGCAACUGUAACCACGUGUAAUUCUAGUCAUGCGUGUUGUGUAAGAUUGUGCGAUCUCUUUCCCGAUAAGAGAUCCAGAUGAAUUACCUAUUAGGUACCUGGUAAUAUCUUAUACUAUCAUGUAGCACCAAGUUGGAUUCGUAUCUAGGGUAAGAAAAUUUAUUUAUUUCCAUUUAUUAUAGCCUUUUUUAUAAUAAAAGAAUUUUUGUAUCUA